AUGAUCACAGUCAUUGCUGCUCUUUGCUUAUUUACAACAGUGAAGACUGACAUCACUGGCCUUCAGGUGCAAACUGUGAAGAUUGGAAAUAAUGUUACUAUGAAAUGUGAUCAAAACAAUGACAAUAACAAAGAUAACAUAGAUCUAAAUGUAGCUUGGUAUAAGCAGAGUUUAGGAAAUGUGCCAAAACAUAUUGUGAGAUUUAUGGGGGCCAAGAAACAUAUCAGAUUUGCUUCAGGUGUUAAUGAGGAUAAUUUCAAAUUGGAUGGAGACACAUUUGAUCUCAGUAUUAAUGAAACUAAAGAAGAGGAUGCUGCAGUAUAUUACUGUGGAAAAAUAUCCAAGUCCGGUGUUGUAGAGUUUGAAUCUGGAACUCGGCUGAUUGUUGAAGCUGAGAAGACUGAUGGCCAUCCUCCGACUAAAAUGGUGAUCAAGAGUGGCGACUCUGCUACACUCCAGUGUUCAGUUCAGUCUUUGAGCUGUUCAGAAGAUCACAGUGUGUACUGGUUCAGACACGGAUCAGGAGAAUCUGAUCCAGGAAUCAUCUUCACUCAUGGAAACAGGAGUGAUCAGUGUAAGAAAAGCUCUGAGACUGUUUCUCCUACACAGAGCUGUAUCUACAAACUCCCCAAGAACAACCUCAGCCUCUCUGAUGCUGGAACUUACUACUGUGCUGUAGCUGCAUGUGGACGCAUCUUCUUUGGGAACGGAACUGAAGUAAAUGUAACAGAUAACAACAGGUGGAUUGUUCUUGCACUCACAUUAUCAAAUAUAAUAUCUGUCGUUGUGAUCAUAGUUCUGGUCGGAGUUCUACUUAGAGUUCAACAAAAAGGAGCUGCCAACCACCAUUCAGGUCAUAUUAAUCAGGCUGAAGAUACAGAUGCUGUGAACUAUGCUGCUCUGAAUUUCGCUAAGAGACCUCCUCCCUCCAGAACACCCAGAAGAGUCCAGGAGAGUCAAGACAUUUAUUCACGAGUUAAACACAGUUGAUAGGGAAUGGAGACAGACCCAAAGCACA